AUGUCGGGUGCAGGUGACGACGAUGUCCUUGACCCCAGCCUCCAGAACCUCAUUGAUCAGAAAUCGCUGCGAUGGAUAUUCGUGGGCGGCAAAGGCGGUGUUGGCAAGACCACAACGUCUUGUUCAUUGGCAAUACAGAUGGCCAAGGCGAGAAAAUCGGUGCUGCUGAUCUCGACCGAUCCGGCUCACAAUUUGAGCGAUGCAUUCAGUCAGAAGUUUGGCAAAGAUGCAAGACUGGUCGAAGGCUUCACAAACCUCAGUGCAAUGGAGAUCGACCCCAAUGGCUCUAUCAAUGAUCUGAUCAGUGGUGCGGGAGAUGAGGCGCAAGAUGCUAUGGCGGGUUUAGGCGGGAUGGGCAACAUGAUGCAGGAUCUGGCAUUCAGCAUUCCGGGCGUCGACGAGGCCAUGUCUUUUGCCGAAGUUCUCAAACAGGUCAAGUCGCUGUCGUACGAGGUCAUCAUCUUUGACACUGCUCCUACCGGUCACACGCUCCGCUUCCUCCAGUUUCCUACCGUUCUCGAAAAGGCUUUGGCCAAAAUUUCGCAGCUCUCAGCUCAGUUUGGUCCGAUGUUACAGUCAGUGAUUGGAGCGAGAGGGGGACUGCCCGGUGGAGCAAGCCUUGAGGAACUGACACAAAAGCUCGAGUCUCUCCGAGAAACCAUUGCCGAGGUCAACGGCCAGUUCAAGAACCCCGACAUGACCACAUUCGUCUGUGUUUGCAUUGCCGAGUUCUUGUCGCUGUACGAAACUGAGAGAAUGAUUCAAGAGCUGGCAAGCUACCAAAUCGACACGCAUUGUAUCGUCGUCAACCAAUUGCUCUUUCCAGAAUCUGGCAAUGAGUGCAAGCAGUGCAAUUCGAGGAGGAAAAUGCAGAAGAAAUACCUUGACCAGAUCGAAGAGCUGUACGACGAGUUCAACGUGGUCAAGAUGCCUCUGCUCACCGACGAGGUCCGUGGCGUGGAGAAGCUCAAGAGGUAA